AUGGAUGACAUGUAUCAGCCAAUGGACGACCAACAGCCGCUCCCUCGAGUGGUCAAUAUCACAUGCCAGACCCCCGGAGUGACAGUCGCCCCCGCAAUAAAUAUACGCAUUGUGCCCAUUGGUUCGGAGUUACCGCCCUUCUUUGAAGGUAUUCUCGAGGUGAACCGUACGGGAAGCUGGCAGAUCCUUUGUACAUGGGGAUUUCGUGACGUAGAGGCAAAUAUUGCGUGUAAAGAGAUCGGAUUUGUUGGUGGGAUAGCACUUCCGAGGGCUGCGUACGGUCCCUACUCCGGGGCAUACACGACGCCAUUCAGGGGUUGCAAUGGGGAGGAAUCUUCUUUAUUGGACUGUCGUUUUGAGGGUCAAGAAAGUGAAAACAUCUGUCGCAGUCAAAAUACGUAUUAUGCCUCACUACAUUGCUACGACGAUGUCCCGGUCCAACAAGGCCCUUCUGUAAAGUUGACGAAUGAAUAUCACGGAAAGGUGGCUUACUCGCCGUCCGGCGUUUGGGGUCAAGUUUGCUUGACGUAUUGGAAUGAUGAAGUGGCUUCCGUAGUCUGCAGGGAACUAGGAUACAACGGGGGCGUGGCAACAAGGGCAGAUUCAACAAACGGUUUUCCUUUCACUCUCACCAAAAUGCACUGUCAUGGAAAUGAAAGUAGACUAAUUGACUGUCAGCAUAUAGUGGAUGUUUGUUACGAUACUAGACAUAGAGCAGCUGCUGUCUGUUACAGAUCGGGAAUAUCCGUGCGUCUAGAGGAUGGAGACGGAAGAAGUGGUAGAAUUGAGAUAAAAUAUGACGGAGUCGAUGGAUUCUUGGCAUUUUGUGGUUUAAGUGAGUCUGGAGCUGCAGACAGUAAAACUCCAUCUUAUAUAUGUCAGACACUGGGGUAUGCAACUGGUUCAUUUAUAGGAAAUACAGCUUCACAAGGAGUCAUUUAUUGGGCUAUUGAGGAGUGCUAUGAAACUGAUAACAGUAUAUUCAUGUGUCGGAACAAAGGAUGGCUUCCAGACAAGAUGUCUAAUUGCUACGCUGAUAAAAACAUAGUGGCCGUGUCAUGUGAUAUAGGUGUGAAUUUAUUAGGAGGUAUAGACACCAUUAAUGUUACCAUGGGAAUGGUUGAAAUGUUUACUUCUAAGAAAUGGACAACCGUUUGCGCACAUGAUUUUGGUCAAACAGAGGCUACGGUAGUUUGCCGCCAAUUGGGAUUUGCAGAAGCACAAGUUCUACUUCCGGAUAUGUUUGGGCGCUUUCGAUUCGUAACGUUCGCAACUGAAUUGGCCUGUAUUGGAAAUGAGACUUCUCUGAAUGAUUGCACGCAUACAACUGGCACUUGUCUGUUUUCAAGUAAAGCAAGUGUGUUGUGUUCUAAAGGACGUGUAUCUACAGAUUUCAAAGCAUAUCUAUCCCAUGACAGUUACGGUACUGUUUUGAUAGAGAAAUACGGACUGAAUGGAACAGUGUGUCGAUAUGGGUGGGACGACCACGACUCUCAAGUACUGUGUAAACAACUAGGAUACCAUGGAGGCGUUGCUCUUGGUACCAAGGCCGUAACAACCCGGUAUAACCCCAUAUGGUUGUCAGCUGUCAAUUGUACCGGUCAGGAAAAUACCAUUCUAGAUUGUUUUUCCGACUUAUCCAUUGAUCCGAAAUGUGGAAAACAGCUGUCGGCUGCUGGAUCCCUAUGUUACGACGACAUAGAACCAUCCGUAAACCUAGUCGGUGGCAGUGAAUCUGGUCACGGAACGGCUGUAGUGACGUACGCUGGGAUUUCUGGGACAAUAUGUGACAAUGGAUGGUCAGGCAAUGAUGCAAAUGUGUUGUGUAGGCAACUAGGUUUUCCGUAUGGAAUUCCUACCAUUAAAUCACUUCACGGCAAGGUAACAGGACCUGUAUUCCUCGACGGUGUCAAGUGUGACGGGACCGAGUCUACUAUCCUAUCCUGUCCUAAUAUGGGCUGGAAUGUUUCGUCGGUACAUUGUGACGCACACAAUGAUGACGCUGGGGUCACGUGUUUUUCUUGGGCUAAGCUGCAUAUAAGCAGGUACUAUGGUGCUGUGAUGUUUUGGAACGAAGAGUUGGACACGUAUGGCUUAGUGUGUGAUGAUGGUCAUUUCGGAAAUGUGGCUGCUGAAGUUUUCUGUAAGGAACAAGGGCUUCAGUAUAGUGUUGCUGUAGGCUGUUCAACGUUUGGAGAUUUUGACUCUCCGUAUACACUAUCAAGUGUUGACUGUGAUGGUUCGGAGACAAAGCUGAUUGAGUCGAAAUUAAAACUCCAAAAUGGUGACCAUGGAUACGUGGAAGUGAACCAUUUGUAUCAAUACGGCUAUAUCUGUUCUGAGGGAUUUGACGACGUCGAUGCCACCGUAAUGUGUAAGAUGACCGGCUAUGUAUACGGAACAGCAUAUAGACACUACAUACACAAUCAGAAGUUGGGUAGUAUCCAUAGAGACAAAUUCCGAUGGUUAUCAAACCUCAGCUGCAACUCAACCGCUAAUACUCUGGACGACUGUGACCCUCGGUGGGGAGAAACGUGCCCGUGUGAUCAUCGUACUAUCGCUGGGGUAUUUUGUCUCUCACAACCAGCAUCUGCUAUGGUAGAACUGGAAAAUGGAACAGCUAUGGAAGGCAGGGUAUUGGUUAAAGUCAACGUUGACACCACUGGUUUGGUAUGUGGUGACUAUUUUUCUCAUAACGAAGCUGAUGUUAUAUGCCGCCAGCUAGGUUAUCGUUCUGGAAUCUCAUUGGACUCCGGUAGCCAUGGUAACGCUGUCGGUAACUAUUUCCUGGAAAGCAUGACGUGUAAUGGAAACGAAACAAGCUUUUUGGAAUGUGCACUAGAGCCUCAUUAUAAUACUGCAAACUGUCGAUCAGGUGCAGCCGCUGUUAAAUGCUACCAAAACGUUAGACUAACAGGAGUGUUGUCGAAGCCUUACUUUGGCCGAGUUGAACUACAUAACGGUGAAGAGUGGGAAGCGGUGUGUGACGAGAAUUUUGACGAUACAGAUGCACGUGUAGUAUGUGAGUCUCUAGGUUACGUCACUGGGCGGAGCCAAUGUUGUUUUAAUUUUGGUCCUCAGCCAAUCAACGUCAAGAUUCAGGUGAUCAACAUGACAUGUGAUGGGAACGAGAAAAGGGUUCAAGAUUGUUCUUAUGACACAGAACUGACGUGCCCUUCAAAUCGAUACGCUUCUGCAUUUUGUUUAACGAAAACAACAGUGGAAGAUAUAGCCGUGCGAUUACCUGGAAAUUCAUUCUAUGGUCCCGUAGAGGUGCGCCGGUACGGUAUGUGGGGUUCUAUCUGUGCUUCCGGUUGGGAUGACCAUGACGCUGAUGUUACCUGUAGGACCCUAGGAUACAGAACGGGAAAAGCUGUAAGGAAUCUAGUGGACCGUGAUGAUGUCAUUAUCCUCGGCAACGUCAACUGUAGGGGUGUCGAAAAGCAUUUCGGCGACUGUAUUCUGGACCCGUUUGGGACAGAUACUGGAUGCUAUGAUAGAUAUGCUUUAGCAGGUGUUAUCUGCCUUAACACGUCGGAUCAAAUAAGUUUUGAAACAAGAGGAACCGGAAAAUCCUCCGCCAUUUACAUAUCCGCCGAUACCAAUAGUAUGUAUAUCGCUUAUUCUGAUUUUGAUGACGUCACAGCAUCAGUGGUAUGUAAAGAUAUGGACACAACAUAUGUAGGUGGAUCAGCAAUGGGAUUUAUCUCUCAUAUACCAAGCGUGACGAAAUUUCGUUGUAAAGGAAACGAACAAUCUGCCCUUGACUGCAUUGGCCAUUGGAACUCAGGAAUAACAGAAACGAUGACCAUUGCAUCAGUUAAUUGUCACCGUGGAGUGAAGCUUGUCAGCGGUGAGACUCACUUUGGUAUCGUGGAGGUAUACAGGAGAGGGACAUGGGGAACGAUAUGUUCUGGAACAUUCAGUGAAAGUGAAGCAGGUGUAGUUUGCAGAAACCUGGGUUUCGACGAUGGAAUUUCUCUGUGUUGCUCACCAUUUGGUAAAGCCAAAAGUCCUGUCCUAGUAUCCUUUCUGCAGUGUUCAGGCACGGAAUCAGAUUUAAGAGAGUGCCUUGCUACUUUUGUACAUCCCAACAACGUUCACGAUGAUCUCUGUACUUCCACAGAUGAUUAUGCGUCUGUUGUAUGCUACAACGGAGCUAGACCACAAGAUUACAAACUUUCCUUACCCAAACCUUCCCUUGGUCACAUCGGUGCGCUAGCCUUGACUUACCUCGAUGUAGAAGGCCGGAUCUGUGCCAAUGGCUGGACAAACAAUGACGCCAAAGUGGCUUGUAAACAGCAGGAUUUUGAUUAUGGCGUCGCUUACACACAUCUCGUUGAAAAUAUGACGCAAACAGGCGGACCUUAUUGGACGUCUGAAAUUAAUUGCACUGGAUUGGAAAGAGACUUACUAGAAUGCGACCACGUGGGACUAGGGCGUGUGCGAAAAUGUGAUGAGCUACACUAUGCUGGAAUGAUCUGCUAUGAUGCUGAAGGGCCAAGUUACAGGAUAGCAGGUGGGGAUCGUGAUUCUACAUGGGGUCGUGUGGAAAUCAACCUACCUGGAUUUGGUUGGGGUACAAUCUGUAAUACGCACUGGGGUCCAAAGGAGGCACAGGUACUAUGCAGACAAUUUGGAUACGACAAUGGGGAAGUAUACAAGGGCGACUAUAAAAUGCCUCCUCUCCAUCUUUUUGUUUUUGACGUCAAGUACAUGUGUACCGGAAACGAGCACCGUUUGAUGGACUGUCCUCAUGACGCCGUUGUUCCUGUACCUAGCACGAAGGAACCAACGACGGGAUCUGGGCCGGAUUCGGAAGCCAAGAACAAUACAGGAUUAGUUGUAGGGGUAAUUAUAGCCAGUGUUCUCGUCAUCGUACUCUUCGUUACAGUCAUCCUCGUUCUAAGAUGGCGCCAGAGUCAGAGAAGAUCUCCAAGACACGAGCAAUUCCCCAACAUAAUUUUACACCAAGGUCAUGAUGGUUCAUUACAUUUACACAAUCCACUUCAUGGAGAAAAUAGUGCUGAUUCUGGACCGGUUAACAUCGAUACUUCCGGUACUGUGUCAUAUAAAUCUGGUAAUAUUACUCCUUUCGAUUCGCAGUCACAGUAUGUAAAUACAACACAUGGUGCAACUCAUGAUACCAACGAAUCGUCACAAAUAAUCAUCAGUGGUGCAUCCCAUAAUACUAUCAAUGAUACAGCCCAUAAUACUAACAUUGAUACAGCCCAUAAUACUAACAUUGAUACAAUCUAUACAAAUGAACCAUGUCGUAAUGAUACUAAUGGUGAAAGGUGUGACUUGGACUACAAAGGUCGUGAAAUUGUCACAAUGAACAACACAGAGCCUGGCGAAGCACAAAGUGAUCAAGAUUCGCCAGAACUGUCGUACACAAAAUUGAGCUUUCCCACAGAACCACAUAUUUAUGAAACUUGUCACAAUUCUUUUUCUAAAAACGAAACACCACAUAAUGAUACUAAUGGUGAAAGGUGUGACUUGGACAACAAAGGUCGUGAAAUUGUCACAAUGAACAACACAGAGCCUGGCGAAGCACAAAGUGAUCACGAAUCGCUAGAACAGUCGUACGCAAAAUUGAGCUUUCCCACAGAACCACAUAUUUAUGAAACUUGUGACAAUGCUUCUUCUACAGACGGCGUAAUAUAG